AUGAGCAAGAAAAUUCUCGAGAGGUUCAAGGACCAUUUCGAUCCCAAGGAGAUCGCGCAGGCGUACAAAGAAGACAAACCAGGCCACUUCACAACGACCUGGUUCGAAGACCUCGAAGUCGUCUCCGCCGAACAGACGUCCCCCACGACCGGAAAACUAGUCUACCGCUUCCCUGUCCAAGCUGCGUAUCUCAACCCCACAGGCAGCCUCCACGGCGGCGCCAUCGCGACCAUCUUCGACAUCGGAACGUCGUGGUUGUUGUUUCUGAUUGCGCGGGAUGGGUUUUGGAGUCCUACGUUCGGGACGACGCGGACGUUGAAUUGUACGUAUUUGAGGCCCGCGAUGGAGGGCGAGUGGUUGCGGUUGGAGUGUGAGAUCGUCCAUGCCGGUAAGCGCUUGUGUCUGCUCAGAGGCGUGAUGAAGCGCGAGAGGGAUGGCGCUGAGGUUGCGACUGCCGAGCAUAACAAGUUCAAUGUUGAUGUGGAGAAGAUGUAA